UUGCAGGAGGCAGUCUCAUCCAUUUGUUAAGCACUGUGAAAAAAUAAAUUAUUGCUGUAUUAAAAAUGUUGUUGAAUAUGAAGAUACCAUCUUGUAAAUAAGAUGCAAUCAGUGUGAAACUAGCACUGAAUGAAACAUCCUCGCUGCACCCAUGUUAGGUCGUUAUCUUUGCUUUGCGCCACGAUGAUGAUUCACCCACAUUAGCAUUUAGGAUUAUGUGACAUACGGAAGAAAUAUGGCGUGCAAGCAAGUCGCAUUCCUUUAGUUAAUAAGUUGAAUACGUGACUGAGUUUGAGCCUUUCAGGCCCUGUGGUCAUGUCCGGACGAGCGUGGACGUGAGUCUGUUCAGACGGUAAACAAAGUUCAGCUGAUUGGUCCCAGAUGUUAACACGAGUUUGCAGCUGCAGCACGGAGGCUCCCGCGCUCGCUGCCGAUGUGGAGGAGCUUUAACUCCGGGGCGGAGGUCCUCUGGAGGAGUCUGCAGUCCCAUGCCGUUUCACAUGACACGUUUGGGGCUCAUCUGUAGCUGGACAAACGUGACCAGGCUCUGCACAGUGAGGACGAUGCAGAGCAGCGAGCCAGAGGAGGCUCCACGCCGAGGAGACCCCAACCUGCUCAGACUCAAACCGGCGCUCUGAGGGAUGGACGGCUGCUCGCUGACACACUAGCUGUUCUCUGAUUGGCUGAUCCCUGACACCUGCAUCAAGAUGGCUCACCUGUUCCUCGCCAGCAAGAUCACAAUGCCCGAUGACCUCCACAGCAAAGGUGGCGGUGGCAGGGUCCCCCGGAGCGCCAUGAAGGUGCCGCCGUCCAUCUCCGCCGAGAAGCUGAGCCGGGACAAGCCCAGGAAGGAUCGUAGAGUCGUCGUGACAACGCACGUCCCGCAUGUCAAUGAAGUCCAGCUUACAGCGGCGACGGGCGGCGCCGAGAUGUCCUGCUACCGCUGCACCAUCCCGUUCGGCGUGGUGGUCCUCAUCGCUGGCAUUGUGGUGACGGCGGUGGCCUACACCUUCAACUCCCACGGGUCCACCAUCACGGUGCUGGGACUGGUGCUGCUGUCUGUCGGGCUGGGGCUGCUGGGCGCCAGCGCCAUCUGCUGGAAGGUCCGACAGAAGAAGAAAAAGGACAAGCGACGGGAGAGCCAGACCGCCCUCAUGGCGAGCCACGGGUACUGCGUGGUCUGAGCUCAGACCUCUGAAGUGAAUAACAACACAAACUAACAGGAUUUGAGACGCUUUACAAACUGCAGAGACCUCGCUGUGCUGUUUCCUCCUGCAGCUGACGCGAGGACAGCCGCAGAUGUGAACGACGAGCAGAGCGAAGGACGCGUCUCGGACAAAACAUUACUAAUGGAGACGCCUUCAUCAGCUGGAGGUGUUGGAUGAGGAAAAGCUUGCUUUAGUGCUGACACAAAGAGAUAAAUAACACGUCAUUAAUUUUACAAAUAUGCUGAUAAACCAAUUUUUCAAGCAGAAAUUCAGAAUAUUUUCAGGUCCCAGCUCCUCAAAUCUGCCUGAUUUCUCUGAUUUAUCUGUCGUCGAGGUUCUGGAGUACAAACAUGUGAACCUCCAAACACCCACCCUGCACUGGGGGCCCAUUAGAGGAGCCCUGAGCCCAGACAGGUGACCCGGUGGGUGUUCAGAGGUCUGGGUAACAAAAUCAAAGCCCCUCAGGUUUAUUGUUGGAGCAGGUAAAUGGAUUCGAUCUAAUUAUUGCCAAAACAUCAAUUUUCUCAAAGACAUAACUUAGCACGUUUGUAGUUUCCACACAGGACACGUUAGGAUUACGGCUGAUGCUUUUAUUCUGAAAGUACUUGCAGCUGUUUUAGUGACAUGAACCUUUAAGUGUUUGGCUUCAAAAAAAUAAGAUUUUGGAUAAUAUGAGUGUUUAGUUGACAACUUCUUAAAACUCAUUUAUGAUGCACAGUAUCUAACUAAAGCUGCUAAUAAGCUAUAAAAGACAUUUAAAGGUACUCUAACGUAUACGUUUCUCUGAGUUUGUAGCUCUCGUCGGUCUAAUUUGUGGCCUCUGACGUUUCCCCGGGAUACACAGAGCAUUCCUUCGGGACAUGUCAUCAUGGUUUGAUGUUUCUGGGUGUGACUGUGUUUCCCUCUGAUGUUGGGUUCAGACUACAGGGAGCGUCGGAUUAGAUGGUUUUGCGUCACAUUGGGUCAUUAACAUGUCACGAACAUAAACAUGACAAUCAUCGCUGCUCGCUGUGUUUCACAACCUGAUAAAAGUCUCUGCACACGAGGACCGAGGGACCAACACAAAUGUAAUCAUGUGCCGUGGCGUGCGCGGCAGAGCUCUCAGACCGCCGAGGACGACUUAUCUGUGUUUCCGUCUGAAUCUGAAAACCCGUUAAAAACCCACGAGGCGACUCAGGGCGGAGUCUUAACGAGAUUAAUGAAUGACGUGAGCAGAUCGCUAUCCCAAACUCAAACCGGACUCCAUGAUGUUCUCCAUACAAACAACGUGAAGAAAAACGACCUCCUCGCCAAUUUAUCCUGUAAGACGUUUAUGUCAGAUUUUGCUGUAAUUGGAAUUCUUGAGUUAUGGUCGUAACGGCGAGUUGGACCUUUAUCGCUAAAUUAAGUGCUAACAAUUCCCAUCCAAUCCUGCGAUAUCACGUUCAUAAUAAUGAAACGCAUGCACUACCUGGAAGAAUCCGCCUCCAGGCUUCACCUGUCCCCGCCUUAAUUGUUUUACAUUAGUGGCGCCUUCUUGGAGGUGAAACUUGGUGGAGUUCCUUCUGUGGAGGAGACGAGAUCCUCAGAGAAAGAGCUCCGCCUGGCUCGUCCGAGUGUUUCCCACUUCAUCCAUACUGUGGGAUCAUUGUGUGUGUCAUAAACCAUCAGAUCUUCCAUCUGAUGACGUUCGUCAGUGCUUCGCGUCUCUGCGUUGGGGCCGACAUCGCUCUAUCGUGGAGUCUGAACCCAACACGGUGACGUAACUGAGCGACGUGCAGUGCUGAGGUCACAAAUAGACCGAUUCCUGACAUGCAUGCUACUCUGUGUGUUUAGUGCACUAUGAUGCAGAUGUAUCCACUGUAUUAAAGCUGUUUAGCUCCUAUUUAUUCUGUUGGUGGACGUGUUCGUGUAAAAUAUUUGUUCUAUUAAAGUCAGCCAAACCACACCA